CCACGUCCAGCUCAAGCCAAUUGCCAUGCUGUCCGCUACUCGCCGCCUUACGCGAUCUCUGCGUCGCCCUUCUGCACUGGGAUGCCGCCUCGAGUCCUCAUUCGCUCCCCUCACUCAGCUAUCCGAGGAGGAAACCAUGUUCAAGGACACAGUCGCCCGGUUCGCGGCUGACGUGGUAGCUCCGAAUGUCCGCGCCAUGGACACAGCGGGGGAGAUGGACCAUGCUAUCACACGAGGACUAUUCGAGAAUGGACUGCUGUCGGUAGAGAUCCCAGCAGACUACGGAGGUAGCGAGGCCUCGUUCAUGAACCUCUGCUUGACUAUUGAGGAGCUGUCCAAAGUGGAUCCCGUCGUGGGACUGCUCGUGGAUCUACAGAACACAGUUGUGAACAACGUCUUCCUGGUGCACGGCACGGACGAGCAGAAAGAAAAGUACCUGCCGAGACUCAGCGCGGACAUGAUCGGCAGUUUCUGUUUGUCAGAGGCUGGAUCAGGUAGUGACGCGUUCGCGCUGAAGACACGGGCGGAGGCCUCGCCGGACGGGAGCUACUACUCCAUCACUGGUCAGAAGAUGUGGAUCUCCAACGCCGAGUACUCUGGCGUGUACUUGGUGUUCGCCAAUGUGGACCCGUCCAAGGGCUACAAGGGUAUCACGUGCUUUAUCGUGGACCGAGACAUGGAAGGACUGGAGAUCGGUAAGCCCGAAGAGAAGCUCGGCAUCCGCGCAUCGUCGACAUGUCCCGUCACACUGACGGAUGUGAAGGUCCCGAAGGAGAACAUUCUGGGAGAGCUGGGCAAGGGAUACAAGAUCGCAAUCAGCACGUUGAAUGAAGGACGCAUUGGCAUUGCGUCGCAGAUGCUGGGACUGGCUCAGGGAGUCUACGACCAGACGUUGCCGUACUUGUUCGAGCGCCAACAGUUCGGCUCUCCCAUCGGAGAGUUCCAGGCGAUGCAGCACCAAUAUGCGGAGGCAGCGCUCGAUAUCGAGACGGCGCGUUUGUUGGUGUAUAACGCAGCGCGUCUCAAGGAUGCUGGCCAACCGUUCGUCAAACAGGCUGCUAUGGCGAAGCUUCAUGCCUCGCGUGUGGCAGAGAAGACGGCAUCCAAGUGCAUCGAGCUGCUUGGAGGCAUUGGCUUUACCAAGUACUUGCUUGCGGAGAAAUUCUAUCGUGACGCAAAGAUCGGAGCUAUCUACGAAGGAACCAGUAACAUGCAGCUGACGACGAUUGCGAAGCUUGUGUCGGAGGAAUACAAGAGGUAAUUGAAUGUCGUGAUCCUGUACUCAGACUUGAUCCUUGUAGCAAACCAAACAAGUAACAUUUCCGGAGAACGAGCGUUAGAACCAGA